AUGGGUAUCUUCCAGUCACAACAAUUGUCAGCUACUACUCCUGAGACUUCAGCCGACAUGGAACUCCCAGAAUCCGAAUCAGUUGAGUUUGAGAGCAACCACGUAUGCCGAACCCAGGAAAGAAUAAGCAUGUCUCGACAAUACCACUACCAGCGCUCCGACAAUAUCGAAGAUAUAGAAGACUACAGACCCGGUGGAUACCAUCCGGUUGAACUUGGCGAUGUUAUUGAAAAUCAAUACGAAGUCAUGCUCAAGCUGGGACAUGGUGGAUUCUCCACCGUCUGGCUUGUGCAUGAUACUAGCAGUGAACGAUUCCUUGCGAUGAAGAUCGUCAUGGCAGAAGCUUCUGAAGAAGCCUUCGAAACUGAAAAGAGACUCGAUGAGUUUGAAAAAUCAGUCAAUGCAGAUCAAGGCUUCGUUGGAUUUUCGGAGGCGCGAUGGUGGUUUCAAGGUCCGAAUGGAAAUCAUCUUGCUAUCCUUUCAAAUUGGAUGGGACCAAGUGUCGCGAAAUUCAUUGAAGUUACACGUCUCGGCACCAUUUCUCCUGAGUAUUCGUUGAAUGGCAAGGUGGCGCAGCGAUUGGCCCUUCAAAUCACCCAAGCAGUGUCAUCCAUCCAUAAUCGCGGCAUUGCGCACGGCGACUUGACUUGCUCCAAUGUUCUUUUGGCAAUUAACAAUCUCAAGUUAAACAAUCGAUCACCAAGAGAAAUUCUCAAUCUCGUGAGAGGUUCUUCUUCAAUGGAGCAGAUCACCAGGAUUGAUGGCAAACCGAAUAAGCCAACGGCACCAGAUUAUGUCUAUGAAGGAGAAGAUAUGGCAAUUCCUCUAUUGCCGUUUUGGACUGGAGAUGUCAAAGUGAUUGAUUUUGGAUCAUCCUAUCCUCUCGAUUCGCCGCCUGCAGAUCUUCAGAUACCUUAUAGCAGCUGCUCUCCCGAAUACCUCCUUUUACAGAAAGUCGGUAAGGAGUCCGAUAUCUGGGCUCUGGGUGUACUCAUCUAUAAAUUGAGAUCUGGGAAGGAUUUGUUUGCUGAGGUCAUGGGAGGAGAUGCAGAAGUGAUUUUCCAGAUGGAGGAGGUACUUGGCCCGAUUCCUUACAACAAGGGACCUACAGUCACUACUCCAGAGAGAAUCAGCGGUGAUGCAGACGAAGCGGUGACAGGAUUCAAACCAUUGUUACGUGAGCUGAUCGAUGCUAUCGACGAUAACCAUUUACUCGCACACGAAGACGACGGCAAUAGAACAAGAAAUGGUGGAGGAGACUCAAGAGAAGAGAAAGCUGGCGAAGAGGGCGUUUUGAGAACCUCGCAAGAGCUUCCGCCCCAAGCCCAAGAUCAUCCGGGAGAAGAAGAGAAUGUCCGUCCAGAUCCCAUGCUUUCCACUAAGAAAUCAGGGAAAGAGGUUCAGUCAACGAAGAUCUCACCUUGGGAAGCUGAACUUCUCUAUGAUCUUCUAUCUGGGUCCUUGAACUAUGAUGUCGAAAAGCGAUUGAAUGCAGAUCAAAUGUUGAGACAUCCUUGGUUCUCAAUGAACUUCGAGUAG